UGUAUAAUCAAAAACACAAAUUAUACAAAAAAAAAUGAUAAUAUUAAUUUAAAUAUAUUAAUUAAUUUUUUUUAUUUAAAUAUGGCUAGUGAUGAUGAUGAACUUAAUAAAAUCGACACAUUGGAUGGUCGAUAUAAAUGUGAAUUUACAAUUAAAAAACUAAUUGGCCAAGGUGCUUUUGGUAAAGUUUAUAUUGUCAAACAUAAUGUCGAUGAAAAACAGUAUGCUAUAAGAAAAAUAAAAGUUGAUGGCCGUAAUGCCGGUGUCAACCAGUAUGUAACCAAAACUAUUAGAGGCCUACAAACAUGGGCUCAAUUGGCCGACAAUAAUAGUAUUGUCGAGUUUUUCGGGGCCUGGUUUGAAUGGUCGGCCAAUAAUAAAGAGAGGCCACAAUUGAUUUAUUACAUACAAACCGAAUUGUGUUGGUUUUCAUUGGCCGAUGUUUUCGGUAAAAUGAGACAUACAUUCGGUAGACAACCGUCACAGUUGUGGCCAGUUGUCGGCUAUUUUAUGGCCGCGGAAUUAUUCCGUGAAAUAUUGGAAGCACUGGACUAUUUGCAUACCGGCAGUCAACCGGCAAUCAUACACCGGGAUAUCAAACCUACCAAUAUAUUGAUACGUCAGCACCCGGUCGGCCGGUUCGUAAAAAUCGGUGAUUUCGGCCUAUCGAAAGAACAUCCGGAACAGUCGAUGUCACAUUCGCAAAAUGUCGGCACCGAUAAGUUUAUGGCACCUGAAGUCAAACGUAGCCGAAAAUAUGGUACCAAAGCCGAUAUCUAUAGUCUGGGUAUGGUCAAUGUUGAACUGUUCAAUAUGGAUGUCAAUAGGUUUAGUAAACAAACAAUUGUCGAUAAUAAACUGGGUAGACUGUAUAAAAUCAUGUACGACCUAAUUGUUAACCAACAAAACGGAUCGAGUGAUAGUAGGAUGUCGUGUAGGGAACUGUUAGCCGAUAAACCCAAUUGGUAUCUAAACUGUAUGGACAUUGUCGAUGAUAUACACCAGAUAAUUGAUAUGGAAAAUAGCAUGAAUUAUGAUUACCAUGAUAAUUUUGUUGAAUAUUUUGUUCAGGCUAAAUUUUGUUAUUACAACAAUUGUUAGCUGUCAAUAAUUGAUCAAGUAACCAUUAAUUAAUAAUAAUAAAUAAAUAAUAUUAUUUUUGACCAAU